UCAGGACCCCUUUCUUUUCUGACGCAAUACCUACGGAUACCCUUUUUCUGUGUCCGUACAUAAACACCAAACAGACAUCACCAAAGCGGACGAAUAGAUAGAUAGGCAGACAGACGGAAAGGAUGGCACUUUCAAGAUUCAACAUGCGGUUACCGCUCCCAAAGGUUUUAUGUGUGCGACAGACCUUUCUAGGAUGCAUCGGCCUCCAGACAGGCGCUGAGGUCAUCUCCCUCAUCCUCCUCUUCAACAGGCUCACCGGUCUCUACGGCCUGCUCGCCAUCCUCACGGGCUACGAGCUCUCCGUGACGCAGCUGUCAAUGUACCUCUACUCACUGGGCGUCGUCGUCCUGCUGGCCAUGUUCAUGCCCCAUAUCCGCAAGCAGAGUCCCUUUGAGACGCUCAGCCUCGCCUGGCUCUACAUUGUCGACACCAUCCUCAACGUCGCCUACACGACCUUCUUCGCUGUGAACUGGUACCUCAACAGCAGCGCCCUGGAUAAGCACCCGGCAGGCAGCACCACCCCGGCUGCGGCCGGUCCCGCAGCAGCGGCGGAGAUUGCGGAGACGGCCCUCGCCAACGGGGCGCCCGUGGUUCCCGACGUGCCCGGCACGACGAAGCACAUCGGGCCCCAGGAGUCUUGGAUGAGCUUGGGGCUGAUUUGCUCCGUUACGCUGGUACGCGUUUACUUUGCGCUUGUCGUCAUGUCGUUUGCGCAGCAGGUGCUGCAGCGGUACAACGCAGCGGACAUGGGCUGGGAGGAGGAAGGCCGCAGCAGCGGCGCCGGCAAGAAGGGCGGCGUCGACGGACCUUUCUCGCAGGGCGAGCCGGGCGGCGAGGGGUCCCGCGGCCGUAUCGGGCGCGUGAUGCUCGCUCUCGGUCGCGGGUACUGGCUUCGCGAGAGGCCUCAGGAGGAGUGGGCGAGCGCUGUGAGCGCCAAAUUCCGGCACACCGGAGUUUAAGUCUUUAAGUAUCGCGGAAGGGCGGAUUCAGAGAGCUACCGACGGUACCGGUAGGUAUCGAAGCGGCAAGAGAUGGAUGUCGGUGCGGCAUGUCGGGCGGCAGCGGCAGGCUGACCGCUUGGAGUGGAUACCGCCGGGACGGCAAGUCGAUGAUGCCAUCGGGCGGUGGUAUCAUUGGGCGAUGGCAUCAUUUGAGAUUUUCUAUG